UUAGAGAAGUGAACGAAUAUAAAUACAUCAGCACAGCAUAUGCUAAGCAUCAUCUACUUUUCUCUGAGGAGCGUGGAACUUCAAGACCUUCACUUGAAAAGGUGGGGAGGACCUCUAAAGGAAUUUACUAGAACCAUUCAGAGGAACCUGAUUGUAGUAGUAGAGAUGGCUGGAGAUAUGACAAUUAAAAUUAAUGAAGGAGUUGAACGGUGCAGUAACAUAUGUAGUAUCUUGGUUCAGGUGAUUGUGGGCCUUAUAAUUACAGCAUUUGCCAUUGCUAUGAUUGUAGUAGGUGCCAUGCACUUAAACGAAUGUCCUGCUGAGCGUUUUGUUCCAAUAUAUCUAAUCGUCACUGGAGCUUUCCUCCUGUCGUAUUGGUUGUUUUUCCCAUUAGAGUUCUUCUUCCCUACCAUAAGAAAGGUUUUAUCUGGCCUUGUUGGUCUUUUCUUGUUUGCCUGGCUAAUUGCAGGCAGUGUGUGGGUGUUCCGAAUAUAUAACAAUAAUCCUAGACUAUGCCAAGUAAACAUGUAUCUCUUCGCUUUCUCAGUCAUUAUUAUACAGUGGAUACUACUGGGGCUAGGAAUCAUUUUUAGCCUCAUUACGUGCUUCUGCUCUAAAAUUAUGUGCUGCUGUAACAGGAAAGUUUGAAACCAUAAGGAAGAAAGAAGACAACAAUGUUGUUAUAUAACACAUCAAAAUAACCUGAUUUUAUUUGUGCUUUGUAUAAUACAUAGGGGCAUAUUUAUUAUUUUGCUUGUGUUUAAAACAAAGUCUGAAGAUGCAAGAAAGGCAUCACUUGCCUUGUUUUUCCUCUUUGUGUGUGUUUUUUUGCUUACUGACUUUUCCAAUCAUGCAACAACAACAACAACAACAAAACACCCACACAAAGGGAAAAAAACAAGCUAUGGCAAAACACAGGAGCGAGAUUAAGAUCUUUGCAUUUUCUGGCAUCUUUUAAUACAAAUGGGAGCACUAAACAUAAUUAAUACACUCCCUAGAGUUUGUAUGAGCUCACAAAAGAUAACCUUGCUUUAUUUAUUAUAAUAUAAAGAAUGUCAGUGAUUAUUUAAAAUGUGUCAAUGUAACCUUAUCACUUAUGUAUUGUGCCCUCACACAAAAGAAUAUAAAAUACCUAAUAAAUCAGUAUACAAUACCA